UCUCAACAGACCAACUGUCACUUUAGAUGUCGUGUCGAUGUGUUGUUAUUGUUUUAUUUUGUUGAUUUUGCCAAAGAUUUAGUUUUUUUGAAAAGAAAAAAUAGUAAUAAAUUUUGACAAAAUCUUUAUAAAAUUAACGUAUUCCGACAUGGACAUUGAAAAAUAUACUUUACAGUCUAUAAGACAAGAGUUAAUAGAUAAUAAUCUACAGGCUAAAGCCAUAAUACAAGAUAUAGUAUCUUAUCGUGGCUCUAUACAUGAAUUGGAAGCAUUAAACGAAGCGGGUAGAGCUAAACUGGCAGCUUUAAGGAAAAAUAUCGAUCGUUUAAAUGAUUGGGCUAGAGAUACCGGUGAUCCGGCCCUAUCGAAAGAAGUUGAUACACAAAGGGAACAAUUUUCGAAAGUAUUACAAGCUUUUCGUAAGGCUAAUGUAGCUACUAUGCUGGAAAUAGAGAAGGCUAAUCGUGAAGAAUUAAUGGCUAUUACCGGAGAAACCGAUUUAAGGCAGAGACACAAUGCCACAGAUGGUAGCGGGGCAAGAAGUGGUGGUGGCACGGCCACACGUCAUAAUCGCGGCAGUCUGGUGUCACAGGAAAAUAAUGUUACUGAAAAAAUGUUGGCCAUUUCGCGACACCUCUCCGAGACCACACAAAAAAGUGCCAUCACUUUAGAAACGCUCGUAGCUUCUUCACAGAAUGUAGAAGCCACUCGUGAUGAACUGCAGAACACAGCUGGCACAAUUUCACAAUCUGGAAAAUUGCUUAAAAAAUAUGGACGACGUGAGUGCACCGACAAAAUGUUAUUAUUCUUUGCAUUUGCUUUCUUUUUGGCCUGUGUUUUUUAUAUUGUACAAAAACGACUGUUCUAGACUGAGUGUUAUCGAUUUCACUAACAAUAGGUUGGAUAUGGCUUAUAACAAGAAGAACAGGAACGUUUAUUAUUAUUUUCUUAGAAGGCUGGCCUCUCAGGGUUUCUUUUCCUCGCUCUUAGCGGAAAUGUUACCUUUAUUUCCAGAUGUGUUUUGUUUAGGGAAUAACUUUUUAAAAUGAAAAUAAAUUGUAAAGUGUUUUAGUGUAUGCAUUUUGAAUGUGUAGUAAAAAGUUAAAAUUAAAUUUAAAACAAAUAUAUAAUUAUUACUAUAAUCUAAUGCUUAUUAUAAAAUAAUAGUCUUUAAAUUAAUAUAAAUAAAUAUUUUAAAUUAUCUAAAUGUAGUAAAUUUUUAUUUGAAUUUCAUACAAAAAACGGAAAUAUACUGAAUACAAAGUCUCUCGAUAUGUUAUUUG